UUGAGAGGUCUUAAGUAGACUCCACUCGAGUUUGGGGUUAGUACUAGAGAGACAGAGCUGGGUCCUGCAUGUUUGCGUUUGUUGCAUCCCAGGCGCGUGGGUCAGAGCCUUUGAGCUUGCUGCGGGGGUCAUUCGCAAGUGGUCUGUCAGCUCCUGGGUUAUAAAGCUCCUGCGUGUUGAUCUCCCAGUUGGAGCUCCUUCCUCUACUUAUUAAAAUGCGCAUGUCAAAUCGUUCGUAGCGAGUUUCUCUUUCCUUCUCAGCCUCCCCUUCCCUCUCCCACUGUCUGGUUUGAAUUCGUGAGCUCUUCGAGUUCAGUGGUCCCCUUUCGCCCACAUUUCUCUCGAUCCUAUAGCACUUCCAGUGCAGCAUUGCUGUCUACAUCCAACGGUUUUAUAAUUUCGUUUUUCAAAAAGUACCAAUUCGUUUGCCUACCACAGUUUUGCUUUUUCGCUAGAGUUAAAUUUUUAGCUUUGGUUUUUUGUUACUUUCCCCCUGUGCCAAUCUGUAAUUUUAGUUUCUUCUUCCUCGCACAUUCAUGGCGCAGUUUGCGAGGGUUUGUGUGCUCGUGUGUGCACUGUUUGCUGUGGCUAUGGUGGUGGAUUCUCGCCCAUUACCCUUGUUCGCCAUUACUGAUGUCCCCGAGCUUCCUACAACAGCCGAGAUGGAAUCCAUUACCACAGGGAGGAAGCUGUUCAAGCUGGUGAGCAAUACCCUGGUGCUGCCCUACCACAACGGCCCUCUGCUGGCUGGUAGCCCUGCGUUGAACGUCUACAUUGUCUGGUAUGGUACAUUCACCCCAGUGCAGAAGGCAAUUGUCACGGACUUCCUAGCCUCGUUCCAGCAGCCUGGUGCCGACGUGCACCCUUCUGUCGCGAGCUGGUGGAAAUUAACAUCAGGUUAUAAGGACAACAAGAACAAUGCCCCAGCUGCGGCGGUGAAGCUGGCAGGCCAAGUGGACAACAACUACAGCUUAGGGAAGACGCUGAAACAAGCCGACAUGGAAACCCUGGUGGUGAACUCUCUUGCCACUCUCCCCGCCGAUCCUGCUUCCAUCUACUUCGUCCUCACUGCAGCCGACGUUGCAGUUGAAGAUUUCUGCAUGAACACAUGCGCUUCUCACUCUUUCACUCCGGCGACAGCUUCCUCUAAGAACUUCAUGCUCCCUUACUCCUGGGUUGGAAAUUCGGGCGAUCAAUGCCCUGGGCAAUGCGCUUGGCCUUAUGCUCUACCCCAGUAUGGUCCUCAAGGAGCCAAGGCCUUGGUGGCUCCCAACGCUGACGCUGGAAUGGACGGCAUGGUGAUCAACAUAGCGAGCAUGCUGGCCGGGACUGUGACCAAUCCUUUCAACAACGGAUACUACCAGGGUGAUGCCUCAGCUCCUUUGGAAGCUGCAACUGCGUGCACUGGUAUCUAUGGUGCUGGGGCUUACCCUGGCAACCCGGGGCAGCUGAUAGUCGACCCCAUUACGAGCGCCAGCUACAAUGCGCAAGGAGUCGACAGCAGAAAAUACUUGCUCCCUGCGUUGUGGGAUCCCGCCACUCUCACAUGCAUGCCUGUCUCAUGAGCUAGUGUUGCUUUACGCAUUGCUACAAUCAGACGAAAAACGUUCCUCCGAGGUAGCGAGGAGGAUAUGGACACACCACUGAUGAGCCAACUACCGAAGGAGUUGGUGUCUCUUCGUUUGUACACUUCCUGGGAGAGAUGACACCUCCAUGGUGAGGUCGAUUUCUCACAAGCUGGAAGGACAGAUUUUUGUGGAGCUUCAAUCUUUGGAUAUUGUGGACUUCAUGGCAGAAGGUUGGCAUCGACAGAUUUGUCUAGUUUUUGUGUGGAAAGAGUGGAGGUUGAGGAUUUGUGGUUACAGAUGAUGCAUUCUGUACAUAAGAGUGGGUGUUUUGGUGUAAUUACUGAUAGGCUCAAGGGCAUAGCCCAUUGUAGUUGGGUUUGUGACCAACACCAAUUUUGGAGCUUCACAUGGGGAGAGUUGAGUAUUUAAUAAUCAUGGCACAUUGUACACUACUUACAGCAUCAGCUCCCAAUUUCUGCA